AUGCAAAAUCUUUUUUUAAAAAGAAAAAAAUUAAAUUUUGUAAACGUCAAUCUAAAAAGUUAUUUAUAUAAAUAUGAUAAUAAAAAUGAAAAAAACAUAUAUAUAUUCAAUAAAAAAAAAAAAAUUGAAGAACGAAUAAAACUAUUAAGUAAUUUAAAAUACAAUGAAAUUAUAUACUUAUUUAGAAAAAAUAAUUUAAGAAAAAGGCAUUUAAAUUAUUGCAAUUUUUUGAAAUGUGACUUAUUAACAUUAGUAAAAAAAGAUAUAGAAAAUUUAAAGAAAAAUAAAUAUAAAUAUUAUAUUAUAAAUAACAGAAAGCAUUGUAUUAAAAAAGUUUUAAAUCUUUGUAUAAUUACUAAUGAUAUUAAUUCAAUUGUUAAUUUAGUGAAACAAUAUAUUUUUAAAACAAACUUGUAUCAUUUAUUUCUUAUUUUAAAAUUAAGUGUAGAAUUUAAAAAUUUUGAGUUUUUAAAAUUUUUUACAUUAGACGCAUUUGUUAAAAAGAUAGAAUUAUUAAAAAAAAAAAAAAAAGAAAAAAUUAAAUUAUUAACAUAUGAAUACAUAUUAAACAAGAAAUUUUUUAUUGAUCAUAAUGAUAAAAAUAUUAUUUCAACUAUUUAUAUUUUUGACAUAAUCAACUUUAUAAAUGAAAACAUAAAAAAAAAUGUUGAUAAAAUAAGUGAAAUUGCAAAAGAAAAUUGUGAAAAAAAACAUGAAAAUAUAAAAGAAAAGUUUAAUCAAACAAAUGAAUACAACAAUAUUGAAAAACAUAAAUUAUAUGAAAAUCAAAAAUUUUUUGAUUCAAACAAUUUGAAAUUCAAAAUUAAAAACGACAAACUUAAAAAUAAUAAUAAAUUUAAAUAUAAAAAAAAUAAAGAAGAUAUAAUUAGAAAAGAUGAAAUAUAUCCUGAAGAAAUAAAAUAUUUUUUUUAUAAUAAUAGAUCAAAUAAUUUGAGUGUGUAUAAAGAAAUUUUUGAAAAAUCAGACAAGCAUAAGAUGAUAAAAUUUUAUGAAAAAAAGAAUAAUAUUUAUAUGACAAAUAAUAUAGAAAAAGAAAUAAAUGUAAGAGAAAAGUUGGAAAAUAAUGAUUUAAAAUUAAAUUUUUUAAAUUUUAAAAACGCAGAAAAUAAUGAACAAAAAAAUGAACACCAAAAUACUGAAAAUCAAUAUAUACUAAAGGAAUAUGUUUUAAGUAGUAUUUUAACUAUAUGUGCCAAUAAUUAUGAUGAUAGACUUUAUAAAUACAUGAAAUGCAUUUAUUUUUCAAAUUUUUAUUUUUAUAAUCCUCUACUUCUUUUUCAUUAUUUUUCAAGUAUAUUAUCCAGUGAAAAUAAGUUUUAUGAAAUAUAUUUAAAAGAAUUUUUAAAAUUUUUAAAUAAUAUUAUUAAAUAUUUUCACUUUUAUUUACUACCAUUUUUUAUUAAUUUAAAUUAUUCAAACAUUUUUUUUAAUAUUUUUCGGAAAAAAAUAUUAGUAGAUUCAGAUAAAAAAAUUAUAAAUAUAUUCAAAAAAUCAAAUAAUCAUCAAUUAAUAAAAGAAAAAAUAUCAUAUGCUUAUCAAAACUCUAAUAAUUAUGAAAAAAAUAUAACAUUUAUUAUGUAUCUUUUUUUUGAAACAUAUGCAUCCGAUAGUAUCGUUGAAAAAUUUAAACAAAAUUAUUUAGAAAAUUAUUAUUUUUUUAAUUCACAAAUAGAAAAAAAAGAAAUGAGUAUUUAUUUUAACUUUUUAAAUUAUCAAAGUUUAUUUAACAAAUAUGAAAGUGAACUAAAAAAUAUAAAAAUUCAAAAACAAACAUUUUAUAAUCCUUUUUUUAGUCGUAAAAUAAAGAAAAAUACUAUAAAAGAAGACAAUUUCGAAAAAGAAAAAGAAAAUGAAAAAGAAAAAGAAAAUGAAAAAGAUAAAGAAAAUGAAAAAGAUAAAGAAAAUGAAUUAAAUUUAAAUAUCAUUAAUAACCAAACAGAAAGAGAUUUAUACAAAAAUACACAUAAAGAGAAUACAAUUAAAGAUAAAUUUAUAAAUGAAAAAAAUCAUUUGAAUAAUAAUGAUAAUAUAGAAAAAGAAAACUUAUCAUCUACUUAUAAGAAUUUAAAAAAGAGAAAACCUUGUACAAUAUCGAAAAAUUUAUUGUUAAAAAAAAAUGCUUUUUUUAAUAAUAUAUCUUAUGUACAUAAAGAAUUUCUAAAAUGUGGAAUUAUUAGUGAAAAUGAAAAAGAAAAAUUAAACUGUUUCAUUAUAUUAAACGAUUCAGAUUUUAAAUAUAACAUAACCAUUAAAAAGAAAGAUAUGCUAAAUAGUUUUUUACAUUUAAACAAGAACAGUUUUAUAGAAUGUAGUAAUUAUUUAGUUAAAAUUAUUUACUUUUUUUUGAAUGAUUUUAAUGAAAAAGAUAUUCUAAAUAUAUUUGUUAAUCAUGCAAAAUAUAAUAACAGUAGUUAUGAUUUAUUAAUGAUUAAUAAAAUAUUAAAUAUAUUUAUAUACAAAAAAAAAAACAUUUCAUUAAAUAGUAAUAUAAUAAUAUGUAAUAUUUUAGCGAAAUAUCAACUGUUCAAUAAUAAUUUUUUUUGUUUAGAUAAAAAAAAUUUUAUAAAUGAUAUUAAAGAUUCUAAUAUACACUCAUUAGUCGCUUUAAUAUAUUCCAUGGGUAAGCUAAAAAUUAAAAAUUCACAUUUUGAUUUUUAUAAAUUAGUAAUAAAAGAAAUAAUUAGAAAAAUUGAUAAAAUUAAUGAAUAUGGUUUAUCUUGUUUGCUUUAUGGUUUAAAUAACUUAAUAUCUAAAAAAAAAAGAAAUUUAAUAACUUUAGAAUAUAUAAAUAAAAAUAAAAAAAUAGUAAAAUUAGAUAAUAAAUAUAAUACUAACUUCUUAAAUGUUAAUGAUAUAAAGAAUGUAAAAAAAUAUUUAGUAUCUGAUUACAAAUUUUUGAAUAAAUGUAAAGAAAAUAACUUAAUUAAACAAAACAAUGUUAUAAAAGAAAAAAAUAUAAUAAAUGAAAAAAAUAAUUUGGGAAAAGAUGACAGUAGUAUACAUAUGAAUGAUGGAAAUACAAUUUAUAAUUAUUGCUAUGAAGAAAAUAAGAUAAGUAAUUCUAGUAAUAAAAAUAUACUCAAUAUUUCUGAGUAUAAAAAAGAAUUAAGUGUAAACAAUGAGAAAGAUUAUAAUUAUCAUUUAAAAUGCAAAGAAUCAAGAAAUAUAUCUGAUAAAAUUGCUCAUAUAAUUAAUGAUAGUUCAACCGAUUUACUAAGUAUUAACUCAAAAAAUAAAAUAGAAUUAAAUAAAUCAAAAGAGAAAAAAGAUGAAACCAAUAAUUUUUUAAUUGAUAGAAAAAAGGAACAAAUGAGUAAAUAUAAUUUAAUUGAAAUGAAAAAUAAAGAAAUGGAAAUUAUUAAAAUUGAAGAUGAAUUAAUAAAAGAAAUUAUAAAAAAAUUGAUAAUUUUUAAAAAUAUUAAUAUAAAUUCAUUUUGUAUAUCUAUAUCCUGCUUGUCAAAAAUAAAUAUAUUUCCUUCAGAAUUAUAUGAUGAAAUAAAAGAUAUUACAUAUAAAUAUAUUCAUAGUGUUAAUAUUACUUCAUUGCAACAUUUAUUAUUAGCUCUUUCAAAAUAUUAUAUAAAAACGAAAAAUGAACAAAUUGAUGAUAUCAUAUUUGAUAUUUAUAAUUUUUUAUUUACCUAUAAAUUCUCUGAUAUAUCUUCUAAAUGUGCUUGUAAAUUUUUAUAUAUUUUAAGUUUGUUAAAUUUAAGAGAUGAAAAUUUUAUUUUAUUAUUACUUCUAAUUAUAGCCAAUGAGCAGAAGGUUUUAACAUAUUUAGACAAGAAUAACAAUAAUAAUGAUAUAUAUAAAAACAAAUUUAUAAAACAGCAUUACUAUCACCUUAAUAAUAAAAAUAAUUAUAUAAAAAAUAAUUACGUAGAUAAUGAUGAAUUCACAAAAAAAAGUGGUAAUAUAAGAAUAAAUAAUUCCAUAUAUAAAGGAGUAGAAAAAUUGAGAGAAGAUGAAUAUUUUAAAAGUUAUUAUAAUCCAUAUUUAUUCUUUGAUGUUAAAAAUUAUAAAUUAGAUUUGAAUAAUAUUUUAAUAAAUUUUAAAACUAUUGAUAAUAGUUACUUGAUCAAUGCCCUUGAAAGCUUAUAUAACUUGUCUUAUUAUUCAUAUUUUUCUAUUCAUAUAUCUAUUAUCAUUAAAAAUAUAUUAAUAAAGCAAAUACAUGAUUUAAAAGUUUCAAGCAUAAUGACUUUAUUUUUUUCUUUUAUAGAUUUUCAUUUUUUUGAUCAUUCCUUAUACGAUAUUGAAUUAAAAUUAUUUUUAAGUGAAGAUAAUAAUAGCAAUAGUGAUAACAUGAAAGAAAAUGAUAAAGGUUUAUCAGCAUCAUCAUUAGUUGAAAAUAAUAAAAACAGCCAUCCAUUAACUGAAGAAGAUAUAGAUGAUAGAAAAAAAAGCUUACUUUUACAACAAAAUGAAAAAAAUCUUAACCAAGAAUUUAAUAGCAUUUAUAAUUAUAUGUUAAAUAAUUUUAAAAUUAUAAGUGAAGAAGAAAGAUUGAUAUACAUUGAAAAAUUAAAAUUACUCAUGUGUGAACUAAAAAAAAAAAAAAAUUAUUAUGUGAACAAUAUAUAUAACAAAAAUGAUGGAGUAAGUGUGGAAUAUAUAUUAUCUAUGAUAUAUGAUUAUAAUAAGAGUAUUAAAACAAAUUACGAAAUGUGUGAAAGUGUAAGUGAUUUAAACAAAAAAAUUAAUAAUAAAUACAACUCUAGUAAAAAUAAAUUAAAAAAAAUGUCAACUUAUGUUAAUGAGAAUAUAAAUGAAGAAAAGAGCACUUAUAAUAAUGAAAAUAUUAUAAAAAAUGAAUUAUCAAAUUUAGAUGAAAAUUCUGUUUCAAAUUUUAUGAAGAAUUAUAAUUUUAAUAAAAUUAAAAACAUAGUGGACCAGUUUAGUUCUAUAAAAAAGUAUAAUUUAGAAGAUAAUAAAUUAAAUGAAGAAAUGGAAAAAAAAGAAUAUUAUGAUGAAUUUUUUUUUUUAAAAUAUAGAGAAUAUUAUAAAGAAGAUUUAGUUAAUUUAUGCUUGGAAACAUUAUUAAAGAACACCAAUUACAUUUUGAAUAAUUAUAAGCAAUAUAAAAAUUGCAGUAUAUUUUUUCUUUUACUUUUUUAUAAUAUAUUCUUACCUUAUACGACAAAUGAUAUUUUCAUAUAUUUCAAAUCAAUUCAGAGAAAUUAUAUUUAUUAUAAAAAAAAAAAUUUACAUCAUCCAUUUGAUAAUAUUUUAAAGAGUAUAGAAUUAUCUGAUUUUAACAAUCAUACUAUAAAAAAUUAUAUCAAUUCUAAAAAUUUAUCACAAUUUGUUAUUCCAUAUUUAAGUAUAUUACAACAUAACAAUAGUUUUUUAAAUCAAGCUAUUUUUAUAAAUAAUGAAAAAGAAAAUAAUAAUGAUAAUUAUGAUAUAGAAGAAGAAGAAGAAGAUACACGAAGAACUUUAAAUGUAUACGAACGAUUUAUUAAAUUAUAUGAUUCCACUUAUAAGAUGAAAAAAAUAAAAAUUGAAAAUAUUGUUCCUUUAAAUCUUUUGUAUAAAUUUUUUCAGAUUGUCAACUUUAACAUCAAUAAUGUUCAAUUACUUUUUUUUUUAAAUGAAGUAAUUAAAGAAAAUGAACUUAACGACAAUAUGGAUGACGUUAUAAAAAUUAAAAAAAAUGAUAUUCAUCCUUACAAGUUUAAAAAUAUAUUAUAUCCCAUAAUUCAAAUAAAAAAUAAAACCUUAAUUGUUCAUAAAAACUCAAAAAAAAUAUAUUUUAAAAAUAUAAAUAUUAUAGAUCAUUAUUUUAAACCUUCUCGAGGUUUACUUAUACAAAUUUUUGAUAAUAAUUUUUAUAAUUUAAUUUCUAUAUAUGUUAAUGUUUAUAUUGUUGCAUAUAAGGUGGAUAUAUUAAUUGAAAGAAAUAAAAAACGUAAUUAG